AUGAGAUUCUCCGCUAUCUUCGUUCUGGCUUCUGCCACUGCCGCCAUGGCCGCCAACUCCAUUCCUGCUCUCUUCGCCCGUCAGUCAACCGGCGCUGUCUGCUCAAACGGAGAGUCCUCCUGCGGCUCUGGAUGCUACGACCCCACUGCCUACCUGUGCUGUGGCCAGCAGGGUCAAGUCUGUCCUAUCGAUACCUACUGUGCCAGCGCCAGCCGCUGCUGCCCCACUGGCACCAACUGCGAUGGUCAGGGCCCCUCGACUGCUAGCGGUGUCUCUGCCACCGUCGUCCAGUCCGGAUCCACCAUUCUUGGAAGCUCAGCAUCAUCCGCAGCCACAUCUUCUGCUUCUCAGUCUUCUCUUUCGCAGUCAUCUGCUUCAGAGACUUCUGCGUCGCAAUCUUCCUCUGCUUUUUCCUCUCUUUCUUCCGUUUCUUCGUCGAGUCUAACAUCGAGUGCCGCAGCCGCCUCUUCUGCCGCAAGCAGUGCUAGCUCCAGCAUGUCUUCGGCCGCUUCGUCUGCUUCAUCCUCAGGCUCCAAGGCCGCUUCCUCCAUGAGCAGCUCUGUUUCCUCAGCUGCUUCUUCCGCAUCCAAGUCUGCCUCAUCUGCUUCCAAGUCGGCUUCAUCCGCUGCUUCGUCCGCUUCCAGCUCAGCAGCAGCAGCAACCUCUUCCGGUGCCGCCGUCGCUGGUCAGGCCACCAACUUUGGUCUUGCCCUUCUUGGUCUUGCUGCCCUUAUCUAA